AUGGCGUAUAAUGACGACUCAGUUCUGGCGCGGCUGUCGUCGCUCAACGAGAGUCACGACAGCAUCGCCACCGCUGCCCAAUGGAUCAUGUUCCACAGGCGUCAUGCGGAUCGCACCGUACAACUUUGGAUGCAACGUCUGAAAGAUUCUUCCAGCACAAAGCGAUUAAGCCUUGUAUAUCUCGCAAAUGAGGUGGUUCAACAAUCAAGAAUACGCCACAAGGAAGAUUUCGUCAUAGCAUUCUCACCUGUCGUCGCCGAAGCUUCCUCUAUAGCAUAUAAAGGUGCACCCGCAGAAAUCCAGGCGAAACUUCGGCGCGUGAUCGAUGUCUGGAAGGACAGAUCUAUCUUCGAGGCACCGAUUCAGAAGGCUAUCGAGUCUCGGCUUGACGAACUUGAUAAAGCUCGUGGGGCUCCAAAAUCUGGUUUCUCAGGUUCGCCGUUUGGCGGUUCUUCCGUUCCAUCCGAGUUCGCUCCCUUGAUCGCAGCUCACCAGAAGACGGUUAAACUUGGCGGGCCAUUACAGACCACGAUAUCCUCUGCAACUCAAGAGUACGACAAACAGAUGGACCCGGACGUUGCACCACCAUCCGCUCCAGUAUAUGCAGCCCGUUUGAAUGGUCUUCUCAAAACACUAGCGAACGCAGAAAGCGCCGUCGCCGAGUGCGUCAAGGCCCGUGAACAUUUGGUCUCCGGAUUGGAGAAGAUGUUGGAUGAGAAUCGAUCUGCUUUAGCCGCCGAUAAGAAUGCGGCUGCCGAGCUACUCAAGAGAAAGAUGGAGAUUGAAGACAAAAAGCAGCAGGUGGAGGUCGCCAUCAUGCGAGCCUUGGGACCCAGUGAGAGUAAUGGUCAGCCGGGAGAAGGUGACACUGGAAGCCCACACAGCGAACUGGACAGGCCAGAGAUGGAGGCCCUCACCCCACCCCAGAUGGAAGACGAUGAUGCAGUUGAGUCUGUCACGGCAUCUGAGACGGCGAAGGUUGAGUCAUCUACAAAAAAAGACUCCGCACAUUCAUUUCAGUCAAUAGCCGUUUCAACGAACGGUUCAAAGAAGAGACGGCGGGUGGAUGAUUCGGCAGACUUCCCUGAUCUUGGAGGCGAUGAUGGCAUCGAGCCCGAGGUAGCGGAAAUGUUGAAAGACAGCGUCGAGAAAUGA